AUGGCGACAAAUCCCAAUCAGUAUAUCAAGCUCGCGCAGCAAUUGCCCCCCCGACUUACAAGAUUUUUCGCCCGAUACCCACCACAAGCCAUCGUCUCCUCAUCAGCCCUUUCCCAAGCCUCAUCUCCAAGCACCCCCGCCGCGCAAUCAACUGCCUCAUCUGCGGACCUGAUACCUACAGGUCAAGAUGGAUUGACAGUACCCUCACCAUUCAGAAGUCAGAAGCAUCCAAUCACGGGCAAAUGGCAUGAUCCCGUAUUCUCGUUAAGGAGGCAAGCAGAUCUGGUCAAGCUCGCGCAACAGUAUGGGGUCGAGGAAUUAAUGCCAUUCUCGGUGAAGAGCACGGCGGAGAGACUGCGAAGGAGGGAGGAGAAUGGACUGAGAGUCAAGGGAACUGGUAUUGGACAACGCGUGAAGGGCAAGGAGUCGGAACGAACAAUGAAGGGCCGUUUGGAGAAGCGCAGACAGGCUAUGUUGGAGAUGCCGCAGAUGAUCCAGACAUGGAAGGAAAGAGGUCAUGGCCGUGGAUGGAAGAAGUGGCCGAAAUAG